UUUUCCCAAAAAAUUUAAUGAUUUUGUUGGAAAUACAUUAAACUCAACAAAUGACUGAGAAUGAGGAGUGCCGAGUUUUGUUUGGCGAUGGUAGUAAUGCUGGUUAGCUUCACAAACGGAGAUGUAUCCAGUAAAUUGCAGUAUUAUGAGUUUCUACAAAUGUCAGAUAUUGAGCGUCGGACAAGACGGGGAGCGGAUCCAAAUCCUGCAUCACAUCUUCACCAAUUUUGGUUCAAAGCAUUUAAUAGGCAUUUUCAUUUAGUUCUUAAACAGUCCAAUAUUAUAACUCAGGAUUUUAAAGCUCGGACGCUGAGCAACCAUUUGAAAUAUGAAUUUUACGUUGCCAACUCAAACUUCCUCCAAGGCCAUUUGUCAGAUGAUGACAGCUCACAUGUUGAGGCUCAUUGGGAGGGGGACAUGUUAUCAGCCAGUAUAACGACAGCUGAUGAUAUCAUAGUACUGGAGCCUUCAUGGAGAUUCUUGAAAGGUUCAGUGCAGAAAAGCAAUGGUAGCAUGAUCAUUUAUAAAAAAUCAGACAUGGUAUCUGACCCACAAAAGAAAGCUUUAGGAUACAGAGUAAAAUUUUGUGGUAACGAUGCUGAUAUGUCCAGAGCAGCUGAUGAGAUUCCUUCAACACCUGAAAAUAUAUUUUUAGAAAAUUAUUAUACAGUUUACAAGCAUCGGAGAUUAAAAAGAGAGCAAGAUUUCCUAGGAUCAAAGAAAAUGUGUCGUCUUUUUGUUAUUGCUGAUUAUAAAUUUCAUAAAAACAUUGGAGGGAACAAUAAACAUACUACUGCCACAUACAUAAUAGGUAUAAUGAAUCGGGUAAACCAAAUAUUUAUGAGAACCAGAUGGCCAGAUGAGAGUUCCAACAUCCAUGGAUUAGGUUUUGAAAUUGCUGAGCUUGAAAUCCAUGAAAAUUAUACAUACCAAGGAGUGCAUUAUAACAACCCAAAUAUAACCUGGAACACGACAUACUUACUACAGGUUUUCAGUCGUGGGACAGCCUUUAAGGACUACUGUUUAGCUCACCUUUUCACUUAUCACAGAUUCUCUCGAGGAGUGCUUGGUCUUGCCUAUAUAGCAGGAAGGGGAAACAGUCAGCCAGGGGGCAUAUGUUCUACAGGCCCAUCCCCUGGAAAAGCCCAAGUCCUGAUUGCAGGCAGUCUGGAUCCCCCUUUUUUCCGAACUCAAGGCUUUGACACAACAUUUAACACAGGAUGGAGCUCAGCUCAGAACAGUGAAGGGGACAGAGUUCUGUCCCUUGAGGCAGCACUUGUUAUUGCUCAUGAACUAGGACACAAUUGGGGUAGUGAGCAUGACCCUGACACACCCAGUUGUGCCCCGGGGGUAGAGCAAGGAGGGAGGUAUCUCAUGUAUCCAUAUUCUGUAAGCGGGUAUGAGCAUAAUAAUCAAAUUUUUUCAUCCUGUAGUAAAAGAUAUAUCUAUAAUGUCAUUAAAACUAAAGGUCCUGGGUGCUUUACAGAGAGUAAUACUUUAACUGUGUGCGGUAAUGGUCGGAUGGAGGCCACGGAGGAGUGUGACGCAGGGUUUAACGGAGAUAAUUGCUGUACUUCCGAUUGUAAAUUACGUGCCGGGGCCAUCUGUAGUCCGAUGAACCAUGAAUGCUGUGAUGAUAAAUGUAGUACUGCUCACAAUCAAACAGUUUGUCAUGCCCUGCCCGACAGUCUGGUCUCGUGUAAAGAGGAUUCAAAGUGCAAUGGAGUAGAUUUGACUUGUCCUGAGGCAGAGAAUAAAGAUGAUGAUGAGCCAUGUGUGGACGGUGGAAAGUGUAAAAGUGGAGUUUGUCGUAAUUUUUGUGAGUUACGUGACAAGGUGCCUUGCAUAUGUUCCAAAGAAAGUGGACAUGCAUGUCACCGCUGUUGUCAAGCAAUAAAUGACACGCAAUGCCUGCCUGAACCCUCUCCCCCUACCCUUCCGGAGAACCUUCCCAAUGGCCGGCCAUGUUUCCAUGGAGUGUGUGUGGAUGGUGUGUGUGAAAAACAGAAGAAUCAUAUUGUUCAGAGGCUAUUCAGCAUUAUUGAUACUAUUACUGUUGAUCAGUUUGUUGAGUUUAUGAAAAGAAAUAUUGUUGGUACCAUUCUUGUGUUCUCUUUGUUACUGUGGAUUCCUGCCAGCUGUACAUUUAGUUAUUUUGACAAAAAGAGAGAAAAAAGAUUACGACAUGGAAGAUGGAAAAGUCGUUCAAGAUACACCUUACUAAUGGACUAUCUAGAGGCAGAAGGGCAGAAAAUCAAGCAAGCCGGAAGUUUUCGUGUAAAACACUUUGGUGGAAGUGUGAUCCGCCACACUGGGUUCCGUCCAGGACACAUGUACCUAACUCAGUCCAACUUCACCAAAGAAGUCUUACAGUACGCAGAUGACUUAAAGGAAUCCGCAGUCUAAAAAUGUCAGAUGUGAAGAGUGUAUUACCUAUAUCUUUCAAAUGUGUGUGAUAGUCUAUAACCAAAAGUGCAUUAUUUUGUAUCUAAUUCUCAGUCAAUUCAUACUUGUAUUUACAAUGGCUUUAUUUUUUAUGUUACAGUUUUUAUAUUGUGAUGGGAACAAGUAUAUUUGUAUAUGUUUUGCACAGAAAGUGCAUUUAUUGAUCAACUUAAAUCCAGAUUUUAUGUAUUUUUAUGUUUUAAA